AUCCUUAAACUCCAAUGCAAAGAAAACCUAAUUAAAGAAAUGGCAUUAUCCUCCCAUGGCUUUGCUUCUACUAUACUUUGUAUUUCCCUACUAGUUCUAACCAUUGCUAAUUCCUCUGCGGCUCAUGUUGUCGUCACCGAUGAGAAAAUUAUGGAGAUAUGCUCGAAAGUCGAGCAUAACGCUCAAUUUUGCAUAAAUCUUCUAUCAUCACAUCCCGAGACGAAAACAAUGGAUCUAUACGGUUUAGCGCAAAUGGUAAUCGACACGGCGAAUACUAAGCUUCAAGAGAUUAUUGCCAUAACUACAUCGCUCGAUCAAUCGACGAAAGAUCACGUCUUGAAAGCCCGAUAUUCAUCUUGUUCAAUAUAUUUUGCUAUUGCGGUUAAUGCCAUGCAAGUAUCGAAAACAUGUGUGAUCACUAAGAAAUUUUCAAACAUAGAUCUUUCCCUAACAAGUGCUAAGAUUAAUGUGGUAAAUUGUAGAGAUAAUAGAAUGGGAGGUGGAACCAUUCCACCAAAUCUUGCACAAAUGAUUCAAGAAUUUGAUUGCAUUUGUCAAACCGGUGAAGCAAUCACUAGGCGUUUGCAUUUGAAGAAUUGAAAGUAGAAAAUUAUUAUUGUAAUUAGCAUUGAAAUUUUCAAAUAAUAAAAAGAAAAUAAAGAGACAAAAUUAAUUAUUUUGUUUUAUGGAAUUUGUUUUAUUUGAAUUUAAGUUGCUUUGUAUGUAUAUGGUUAAACCUAAGUGACAACAACGUUUAAUAAAUACUCCUUUUUUUCGA